UAGAAAGAGAGAGAGAAAUCACUGAAAAAAGAAAAGCCAAAAAAAAGCUUCACACACUCUCCAAUCUUCCACAAAUUCUCCAAAUCCAUUCCAAAUUCCUCAAAGUGAAUCCAUUCAACCAAAUUCCUGCUCGCCUUUUCUGCCGAUGCUGCAAUUUUUCAACAAAGAGUAGCUCCGGAUGUCGCCUUGUCCCCUACUUUUUUCAGUUUAUGUUUGAUUUGCAAGUAAUUUUGUUGUUCGAGGCCUAUCUUUGCGAUUCAUCGCCAUUUUCGUGUUCCGGAGUGAAGGAAUCGUUGAUUUCUUCUCCGUGAAGCUGUGUUGCGGCGGAUUUUGUGUUAUUGCCGCCGCUGCGUUGGUUGCGCUUUGGAUUUUUUGAGCAUCUAAUGAAGACAGAAUAGCUUUGUGAUGAUACAAAGAGAUUAAUUGGACAUGGAAAAGAUACCGGAAUCGCAUCCCGUCCCCCGGCAAUUCAUCAUAGCUUCUAAGAUGUCGAAGAAUCAUCGACCUGCUUUUCUAAAAGAAGAGAUCACGAAACCAUUCAAAUUGCAAGAGCCUCAAGUCUCCGAAUCUCGCCUUCCGAGUCAAGCUUGGAAAGGGAAGAAAUUUUUAGAGGAGGAUGAUGAUGAAGAACUUCCCGAUGUUCUUUCAUUUAAAGUCGGUUGUGAUUCGUUUGAGGAGAAUGGUUCGACUUCGUUCCACGGCGUGAGUCAUCCCCCCGAGCCUGUCGACACAGACAUGAUGAGGCCAGUGUAUGUACCUAUUGAUAAUGGGGACGGGAAAUGCUUGGUCAAAAGCAUGUCGAAGAAGGGUCCUUUUCUCGACGAUCUUUCGAUCCGAUUACCACAAAGUGUAAAGCAAACCCCGUCGUCGUUACCUUCGCCAACCGAGAGCUUGGUUUUAGAGCCUCAUGACUUGGCUGCAGCUGUUGUAUCGCCAUUUGCGGUUUCUCGUCAGUCGCAAAAUUUAGAAGCGACGUCGAGCCCAAUCAUGGAUUCGGAGGACAAGGAAUGCGUAUGGGACACUUCAUUGCCGCCGAGCGGAAAUGUCAGUCCUCAUAGUAGCAUCGACAGCGUCGGAGUCGCUCGAGCAAUGAGCAUAGCCAAUAGCUGUGCCAGCACGUACCGAAGCGACGCAAUAACGAGCGACGGAAAUAUUAGCGUCGACAGAAACUACGAGAGUAUAAUGAAAGGAAGCAUUCGAGGGGAUUCUCUCGAGAGUACAAAGACGAGUCUUAGCCGAGUGAGCGACAGCAGCGGGCUCAGCGACGACAGUAAUUGGAGUAACCUAACAAGUAGCGCGAAUAAGCCUCACAAAGGGAACGAUCCUCGAUGGAAAGCUAUACUCGCUGUUCGAACGCGCGACGGUAUUUUGGGAAUGAGCCAUUUCAAGCUACUGAGACGACUAGGCUGUGGGGACAUCGGAAGCGUGUAUUUAUCCGAGUUGAGCUCGACCCGUUGUUUCUUUGCGAUGAAGGUCAUGGACAAGGCGUCGCUCACCAGCAGGAACAAGCUGAAUCGGGCUCAAACCGAACGGGAAAUCUUGCAGUUACUCGAUCAUCCGUUCUUGCCGACGCUCUACACUCAUUUCGAGACGGACCGGUUUUGUUGCUUAGUCAUGGAAUACUGCCCCGGCGGCGACCUCCAUACCUUGAGGCAGCGGCAGCCUGGGAAACAUUUUUCCGAAUAUGCGGCGAGAUUCUACGCCGCGGAAGUUCUAUUGGCGCUAGAGUACCUACACAUGCUCGGAGUCGUCUACCGAGACCUCAAACCCGAAAAUGUUCUCGUCCGCGACGACGGCCACAUUAUGCUCUCCGAUUUUGACCUUUCCCUUAGGUGCGCGGUUUCGCCAACCCUGAUUCGAUCUUCGGUGCUCGGCUCGGAACGAGGAGCUGCAUUCUGCGUGCAGCCGGCGUGCAUGGAGCCAACAUCUGCAUGCAUGCAGCCAACGUGUUUCCUACCACGAAUCUUCCCGCAAAAGGGAAAGAAAAAAUCGGGAAAAUCGCGGGCUGAGUCGGGAGGGGCAUCGAGCACUCUACCGGAGCUAGUGGCGGAGCCUACGGCGGCGCGGUCGAUGUCGUUCGUCGGAACGCACGAAUACUUGGCUCCGGAAAUCAUCAAAGGCGAAGGCCAUGGCAGCGCGGUGGAUUGGUGGACAUUCGGGAUAUUCUUACACGAGCUGCUCUACGGGAAAACGCCGUUCAAAGGUUCGGGGAACCGGGCGACGCUGUUCAAUGUGGUAGGGCAGCAGUUGAAGUUUCCGGAAUCUCCGGCGACGAGUUACGCGAGCCGCGACCUUAUCCGGGGGCUGCUGGUGAAGGAGCCGCAGAAUAGACUGGGAGUGAAACGAGGGGCGCCGGAGAUCAAGCAGCAUGCCUUCUUCGAAGGGGUUAAUUGGGCGCUGAUACGGUGCAGUACACCGCCGGAAGUUCCGAGGCCGGUCGAGGCCGAGUUUCCGGCGAAGUUCCGGCAAGUAGGGGUGGGUGGUGGAGGUGGGGGAGGAGCUGAAGUAGGCGGCGGAAGCAAAAGGGUAGGAGGAGGAGGAGGAACAACAGAUGAUAUCAAACCUGGGGCUGGUAAAUUUCUGGACUUUGAGUUCUUUUAGUAUUUUACAAAAAGAAAUCUCUCUCUCUCUCUCUCUCUCUAUAUAUAUAUAUAUGUAGUAGGAUUAUUUUUCCUGUGUUGUACAGGUAUGAUUAUUAUGAUUAUUAUUUAGGGGGAGUAAUUUAUUUAUUUAA